CUGUAGUUCUUAAUGAAAUAUAAUACUUCUAGUUAAUUACAUUUGCUUUUCAUUUGUUGAAUUUGCAAUCUAGUAAAGUAGAAUUAUUAAUAAGUUUUCGAAACCUUGUUUAGUUAUGAAGCCUCGGGGCAUAAUUUUCUUGGAUAGGUUUAUUCACGCAGUGCCUUGUUAUCCAUUGUGAAUAUAGGACUACCGAAGUCAUCUUGCAUACAAAUUUUAAGAUGGCCAAAAAGAAAUCAGUGAAGGAGGAGAAGCGAGGAGCUCGAGGCAACCUUAAAACAGCACACCUCCAAGGGAGUGCUGCAGCACUGGCCGGGGACUUCAAGUCAGGCGGUGGCAGUGGUGGGGGCAUGGGGAGCUCGCCAGGCUCUCCCUCACCCAGCAACCCGAAGAAGAAGCGCAGAACCAGCAACCCUCCCCCCUCUAGUCAGGGACCUCCCUCCACACCUCCCAGCAAUGAUCUCGUACCUCCUCCAUUAACAGGCUAUGGUGACACCAUCGUGGCGUCCAACCCUUUUGAUGACUCCCCCUGCAUGCCAUCCUCGUCAGGCAUGCCGCCCAUGCCCCCCAUGAACAUGUCAUACAUGCAUAACAUGGCCAUGUCCAACAUGAACAUGAAGAGCAUGUCAAUGGGUCCUCAUAUGAAUGGGCCCAUGGGUGGGCCAAUGAGUGGCCCAAUGGGUGGUCCAAUGGGGGGACCAAUGGGGGGUCCCAUGAGUGGGCCAAUGGGGCCUGGUGGCCCAAUGGGACCAGGGGGACCAAUGGGACCUGGCGGGCCAAUGGGUCCUGGCGGGCCAAUGGGACCUGGGGGACCAAUGGGCCCAGGCGGGCCAAUGGGACCAGGAGGCCACAUGAAUGGUUCAAUGGGUCCGCGUGGAUCAAUGAAUGGGCCAAUGGGAGGCCCCAUGGGUCCUGGUGGCCCCAUGAAUGGGUCAAUGAACAACCCAAUGAAUGGGCCUGGUAAUGGUAUGAACGGUUCUGGAAUUGGCCCUGGCAAUGGUAUGAAUGGUCCCGGCAUGGGUCCUGGUAUGAACGGUCCCGGUAUGGGCCCAGGCGGCGGGAUGAGCAAUUCAAUGAAUGGUGGUAUGAACGGUGGAAUGAACAUGAAUGGAAUGAAUAGUAUGAAUUGCAGCAUGUCUAUGAACAGCGGGCCCAUGAACAGCAUGAGCCCCAUGACCUCGAUGGCGGGGAUGAACGGCCCCAUGUCCUGCUCCAUGAGUGGCCCUGAUGGGUCCAUGAGUAAUGGGCCCGUGCCCAAUAUGGGGCAGAAGCCCAUGCCCGUCAGCUCUGGGAAGAUUUAUCCGUCAGACCAGCCGAUGGUAUUCAACCCCCAGAACCCUAACGCUCCUCCUAUUUACCCUUGCGGAAUUUGCCACAAGGAAGUGCAUGACAACGACCAAGCCAUCCUGUGCGAGUCUGGCUGUAACUUCUGGUUCCAUAGAGUGUGCACAGGCCUGACAGAAAGCGCCUACCACCUUCUCACUGCUGAGGUCUACGCCGAGUGGGUGUGCGACAAAUGUUUAAACUCCAAGAAUAUCCCGCUUGUCAAGUUCAAACCAUAGCAACAAAUGUUUAUAACCAAACAUAAGGCUUCCUGAUGCUGCUGCUCUGCUUUGUGUUUGAUUAUAAACUGUUGUGUGUGGGCUCCGAGGCUCCCUUUAAUGCCCUCACCUGAUUAUUGUUGUGUCAACGUCCGCUCUAUAUUUAUUGAAUAUAGUGUUUUGUAAAUAAGCUAUCAAAUUGUUUUGUAAAUAAGAAGCCUCAACUAAGUGGUAGUGAACAAGUCGGAUGCGCCAUAAUUUGUCUUGGUGUUACUGUAGUUAAUUUCCGUUUCAAUGAUGUGCCUAAUUGAAAUGUAAUUGUUCAACAAUUCAGUAUCAAAUAAACAGAGCUUAUUUACUUUGGUAACAAGUUCACUCUUCUGAUUAGGGCCAGAAGCGAUCUUCAUUGCCCUUGUAUCAACCUGGGUUUGCUACGAAUGAUUACAUUUUAAUAUUUAUGUAGUUUGGAAAUAAAAUGGCUUGCGUGUUUGUACUGUAAGUCGAAUAUAAAUAGCAAGAGCGCGUUCUUUUGUUUGUACAUUGCCGCAAUUCGCUCUAUAUCUUCUUGUGCUGUCAUUAUUGUGUUCCGCUCUCAGCUCGUCGCGAGUCUGGUGUACAAAUUAUUUCAAUUAUUGCAUUUCGUUUAUUAUUGUUUUUUAAGCGUUUAGUUUGAUGUAACUUUAAUUUAAAAAUAUGUUAUUUUUAACUAGGCUCUAAUUUGUCAAGGAAUGUUGCGAUAUUUAUUCACCAUGUAGUUAGGUGACCAUCCUGACAGCUAAAUGAGGACUUUGUUGACUUCUUGACACUUUAUUCAGUUUACAGGUCUGUGCGAGAUUAGCAGUAAAUUAUCUGAUGCCUGGCGCUCCUUGGUCUCCUGUUAUUAAUAUUUAUUUCCUGUUGAUCCAAUUAGUUUUGUGCAUUUGAUUUGUUUACCUGUGAAUGGCUUCAUUGAGUCAGCCUAUGCCGAGUAGGGUAAAUGGGACUACUUACCGCUGGAUGGGUAACUCGAUAGUACGUGCAGCUUGAAGGUUAUGGGGGAACUACUUGCCGCUAUAAAGGUUAUUGGGGAACUACUGGCUGCUAUAAAGGUUAUGGGGGAACUACUUGCCGCUAUAAAGGUUAUUGGGGAACUACUUGCUGCUAUAAAGGUUAUGGGGGAACUACUUGCUGCUAUAAAGGUUAUGGGGGAACUGCUUGCUGCUAUAAAGGUUAUGGGGGAACUACUUGCUGCUAUAAAGGUUAUGGGGGAACUGCUUGCUGCUAUAAAGGUUAUGGGGAACUACUUGCUGCUAUAAAGGUUAUGGGGGAACUACUUGCUACUAUAAAGGUUAUGGGGGAACUAGGUACUUGUCGAUGGAUUUAAGUUAACCACUUACGUGAGCUCGCUUAAUGCAUAAAGGCGAUGACGUCACGUCACUGUGACUCCUAGAGUCUAGGCGUUGUAAAGAUAAUCUCGAGCUACUUGUACAUAGAUUAUAUUUAAGAUAAUGUCGAGGCAGCUUUGUAAAUAUGGUUAACUAUGUUUUUUUUAUUCGCUUUUGGAACGUAGUGUAUUUCAGUGCAUUAAUUCUUCUCGGUCGUUGAGAUAUUGUGAAGUAAAUGUAUAGAAGAUGC